GCGCCCGGGCCCGCUGGGGAGAAGGCUGCGGGUCGGUUGCUCCGCGGGAUUUGGCUCUUGCAGCCCUCCCUGCUCGGUAGGCCGGUUGCAUCACGCGUUGGGAUGCUGGAAACUCGGCGAAAACGAGAGGCAGCUGCAUUUGGCCUCAUCAGCACUUAUAAAUACCCAAAGGGCAGGUGUCGAGGGGAUGGGAACAGUCGUGUUUUCUGAAGCACUCAGAAGCAGGACAAGGGGUAACGGGCACAAGCUGGAGCACACGAGGUUCUGCUGGAACAUCAGGAGAAGCUUCUUUGGUGCUCAGGAAAAGCCAUCUCGCCUGACAGCAGCUUUAUUUGGUGAGGACUGUGAAAUCAGCCAUGAGCAGCUGUAUGAGCUGUUAAAGUAUGCAGCUCUGGGAAAAUGCCACAAGGCAGCACAGCCCAGCUGGUGCCACAUUUAUCACCAAAGCCACCUGGCUGGGGUUGUGGUUAUUGUUCUACAUGAAAUGAGCCAACUCCACUUCUACAAAUUCUAUUUGCAGUUCAAACACCUCAGGAAAGUGUUCCAGCAUAGAUUCACAUUAACACCUUCUGCUAACUUCCUGGCCAGCCUGUAUGGAGAAGGAGCAACCCCGAAAGCUCCAAACACUGCACAAGGUUUGGCUCCCACUAGCAGUUCAUGCAUUCCUAACAGCUCAGCCUUGCAGUGUGAUCCCAUCAUUCAGAAGUAUGGAGAGAAAAAACGAGGCCUUACCAGCUAUACUCUCACUUUAGAAGAGCAGAAGAAGAAUUUCUACCCUAUAAAAGGUUCCCCUGGAUGUAAGGGAUAUGUACAUACAGAGUGUGAUCAGCAGAGGACAGACAGCAGCCCCCUCUUUGGUCUGGAUUGUGAAAUGUGCCUGACUGCAAAAGGGAACGAAGUCACUCGUGUGUCUUUGGUGGAUGCACAGGGCCGAUGCCUCCUGAACGAGCUGGUCAAACCUGAAAGCACAGUGGUGAACUACCGCACCAGGUUCUCAGGAAUCACAAAGAAAAUGCUGCUUCCAGUGAAAACAAGACUGUCAGACAUCCAAACCAGAUUAAAAAAAUUGCUUCCCCAUGAUGCAGUAUUGGUGGGUCAUUCUCUAAACUCUGAUCUUCAGGCUUUGGAAAUGAUCCACCCCAGUGUCAUUGAUACUUCGUUGCUUUUUGCCAGAAAUGAAGGUCGAAGAUUUAAGCUAAAAUUUCUAGCCAAAGCUGUUUUAGGGAAGGAGAUUCAGUGUGAACAGAAGCUUGGGCACGAUCCUGCAGAAGAUGCUAGAGCUGCAUUGGAAUUGGCUCAAUUCUUUAUUGAGCAAGGCCCAGCAAAGGUGGCAGAACUAAACUUAGAGAUGCUUCUGACUACUGAAAAACAGGCUGAGGUCUCACGGAACAAAGUUGCGUCACAGCCACAAGGAUGUAGGGUCCAGAAACAGCCGAAUGAGCCUCCACGUCCACCCAAACCAUGCUUGCUUCUCUCUGCUAGUUUUUUAGACUGCUUGCAAGUGACUGGCCAAAAACCCCUCCUUCUGGGCAGACAGGAACUGAACCCUUCUGGCCUGUGGCAGAGUAACCUGAGCACCUCAAACAAACAGAUUCUUCAGAGAGCCUUAAAAGAUGUUCCACUCUCCACAUUCAGUAUCAUUCAGUUCAGUUUGGGGCCCGAGUACAUCACAUCUCACCUUCUUGCUGCCCUUGGUGAAAAGGUGAGGAGCAAGCUGACUGACAUGCUGACAAUUUACGCAGGUCCUUUUGAAGAAACCUUUUGCCUCAAGUCCGUGAAAAAAGAAUUUGGGAGGUGUGGACCGAUCCAAUCUCUUACACUGGUAACUGAAACACACCAGCCCUAUGUCUGUAUCCAAUACGAAGUGCUGGAAGCUGCCCAGCUUGCUGUGGAAAGCCUAAAUGGAGCAGAGGUGGCAGGAUCCUGCAUUAAGGUCCAGAGACCCGUCAGCGCAGCCACGCUGGACUGUGAUGCUUUGAUCAAGGAGCUGGAACUGGAUGUAGAAAACGAAGGUGUGAUUUAUGUGGCGGGUCUAAAGCCAUCAGUAACUGAGAUGGACCUGCAAGAAGAAUUCAGCCAGUUGAAGGACCUGGAAACACUCUUCCUGCCAAAGGAUCUCCAAAGUGGAAAGCACAGGAACUGCUGUUUCCUCAAGUUCCAGAAAUCACAGAGUGCUGUGGAUGCCCAGGAGGUUAUAAAUGGAUGGACUGCCAAGGGCAGCAAACUAAGGACUAGGAACGCUCUGGCUUCAGGUCACCUCUGGAGAUGGAUUUGGCAAAUGAAUCACAGUAGCAAGAAGCAAGGAGCACCGAUCCUACAUGCACAAAUGGAGCAACUGUCUGACCUUGAGCAGGAUCUAAAGAAAAAGGUGAAGAAGUUAGAUCAUCAUAUCAAAAAGCUUUAUAGAAGUCUGCAGAAUAACACCCUGUGCGUUGUUCUCUUUCCUGGAGUGAACAGCAUGCUUGGAUCACAGGCUGGCCUUGGUCUGAUGGGAAUAAAAGACGAUGCAGGGAGGAGUGCUUGUUAAACUGCCAAGUUUUUAAGCAAAGGCCUUUGUUAAGAUAUUUUUAAUUACGUUAAAUAUUGAUGUCUUUGUAAAGAUCUCUUGCCAUGAGAACAAUAGGCUUUGACUCUGUAUCUUUUACAAAGUCUAAAAAUAAAAGCCCUUGAAAAA